GGAUAUUACUGUAUGGUCAGAUUUUCACGUGUAUUACGUGUAUAUGUAGAAUAUGUACCUAAGGUGUUUAUGUUAUACAUAUCGUCAGUUUAAAUACCAGCGAUCCCCUUUCUCUACACCAUUCAAAAUCUACAAUCAUAAGAUCUUCGCCCUAUAAAUUGCACCAUACCACAUCUUGCUUAACUAGAUUAAAGUGAAAUAAUUUCCAUAAGAGUCGAAGAUAAAACAGUAUGCAGCUCCGACAGCAUCUCGCUACCCUAGGCUUUGCCGCCACUGCUGCCGCACAAGCCUACCAGGGCUUCAACUACGGAUCGACCAAUAACGACGGGUCGUGCCGGGGAUACGAUGACUUCAGGGGCUUCUUCGAGCGUGCUAGGGGCUUGCCCGGCACGGAAGGCAAGUUUACCGCGGCGCGCCUUUACACGUCGAUCCAGUGCGGUACGGCCGCGGACCCCAUCUCGGCAUUUCAAGCUGCCAUCGACACCGACACCCAUAUCCUCGCCGGCCUAUGGGCUAGCGCCGGCCGCGAUGUUUAUGAGAAUGAACUAAACGCCCUUAUUGCCGCUGCUAACCGGUUAGGCACGGCCUUCACCGACCGCAUCAUUGGCAUUAGCGUCGGCUCUGAGGACUUGUACCGGAGCAGCCCCGAUGGCAAAGCCAAUAAUGCCGGCGUCGGUGCUACCGGCGCGGAGAUAGAAGGGUAUAUCGGCUGGAUGCGAGACUGGCUGCGCGGUACCCCCUUAGAAGGCAAACCGAUUGGCCAUGUUGAUACCUGGACGGCUUGGGUUCUUCCUGAGAAUGCGGGUGUGAUCUCCUCUGUCGAUUUCCUGGGGCACAACUCGUUCCCUUACUUCGAAACUACUAAGCCGAACGCCAUCGGGCAGGCUGCGGAUAACUUCUGGUCUGCUGUCCAACGGACAGAGGGCGUGGCGGGAGGUAAACCUGUAUUUAUCACCGAGACCGGUUGGCCAACCAUGGGCCCUCAGCAACGAGACGCCAUCGCCUCUGUUGAGAACGCGAGGACCUAUUACUCGCAGAUUGGCUGUGCGCUUUUCGGACAACGCACCGCCUUCUGGUACACAUUAGUGGAUGCCAACACGGCACAGACUGAUAUUUCAUUUGCUCUUACUCCAAUUGACGACGGGACACCUAAGUUUGACUUAGCCUGCUAAAUUUAAUAGAGUAUUUUAUUUUUAUAUGUAUAGCGCUAAUGUAAACUGGAAUGGGCUUUCAAGGAUAAAAUAAGACAUUCAUAUAUAAGUUCCUAACCUACGUUUUAUAUUACAAGUUCCGAAGUAUCUUAAAUUAAGUAGGUGCCUAUUAAUAGGUAUCUUUCAGGGCGGAUCAGUGAUGGGGAAGAAUUAACAGAUACUUAAUUGCUCUAAA